AUUGAAAAAUUGUUUGUCAUUCCCGUUGCAUCUUGAAAACUGUUUGUAAUUCUCCAAAAAUAAUAAUUCUUCUUAUAUUAUAAUCCCAAAAAUGGCUUUGUUAGACUUUUGCCGCUUGGAUGAGAAAAUAAACUUAAAACCGGCUGAUUCCCUUGCUACUUUUCAAAAUGAUGUCGUAGGCUACACUCAAAACUUCUUAAAUAGUGCUCAACUUGCGGCUCCUCCAUUCGCAAACCCAGUAGAGACUUUGGCUCAAUUCAGCACAAAGGAUGAGACGGGCCGGCAGAUUAAAAUGGAAUUUGAUCAUGGUACUACAACGCUUGGUUUUCGAUACAAGGGAGGUGUACUGUUGGCAGUAGAUUCUAGAGCUACAGGAGGCCAGUUUAUUGGCUCUCAGUCCAUGAAGAAGAUUGUAGAAAUCAAUGAUUACCUGCUUGGAACACUUGCUGGAGGUGCUGCCGAUUGUGUCUACUGGGACAGAGUACUAGCAAAACAAUGUAGACUGUAUGAAUUGAGAAAUAGAGAACGCAUCUCUGUAGCAGCUGCCAGCAAACUGAUGGCAAACAUGGUUUACAACUAUAAGGGAAUGGGAUUGAGUAUGGGCAUGAUGUUGGCUGGUUUUGAUAAGAGGGGUGCACAAUUAUAUUAUGUGGACAGUGAAGGGACACGUACACCAGGCAAAGUAUUUUCUGUUGGUUCUGGAUCAGUAUAUGCUUUUGGUGUCCUUGAUUCUGGAUACCGCUGGGAUCUAGAGGAUUUAGAAGCACAAGAACUGGGUCGUCGUGCAAUCUAUCAUGCUACACACCGUGAUGCGUAUUCAGGUGGUAUUAUUCGUGUAUACCACAUCAGCGACAAAGGAUGGGUCAACAUAUCCAAUGAAGAUUGCUCUGACCUCCACUACAAGUACCAAGCAGAGAAGGGCAUUACUGAAUAAUUCUGAUUAAAAUGUAUGUUAUAAA